AUGUGGCUCCCCGCGAGCCCUGGGGGCCUCCUGAGUUAUUUGGUGACUCUCCACGUCCUGCGGCUGGGAUCAGGUUACUUCAGCGUGGUAGGACCAGACCGCCCUCUCCAGGCCACUGUGGGGCAGUACAUCGUGCUGCCAUGUCACUUGUCCCCCAGCAUGGAUGCUCAGAGCUUGGAUAUCAGGUGGAUCCGGCCCCGGUUCUCCAAAACAGUGCACCACUACCGAAACAGAGAGGACCUGUACAGUGAACAGCUGAGGGAAUAUGUUGGGAGGACAGAGUUGGUCAGAGAUGGUCUCUCCCGUGGACGCCUGGACUUGCGAAUCUCUGCGUUGAGACCCUCUGAUGAUGGUCAGUACGUCUGCACUGUGACAGAGGAUGCCUCUUAUGGAGAAGCUACAGUGAAGCUGGAAGUGGCAGCCACAGGCUCUGUCCCUCAGCUCUCCCUGGAGGCUUACGAGGACGGAGGCAUGCGGGUGGUGUGUCGAUCGGCCGGCUGGUACCCACAACCGGAGGUGCUGUGGAAAGAUCCCAAUGGGCAGUGUCUCCCCUCGGUCUCCCAGAGACAUUCCUCAGAUGCGAGGGGCCUAUUUGGCAUCGAAGAUGUCAUCGUUGUGACCGAUGGGAAGAGACUUGGGAACUGGUCCUGUGUGUCAAACAAUCUUAUUCUGCCCAGUCGUGAAAACCUUGCUCGAAGCUGUGCCUUGCUGAUCCUUCGUCUGGAGCAGCAAUUUCCGGAUGUUUUCCCAGUAUUCAGUUAG